AUGGAGGAUUUCAGUAAUUGCAUCUCCCAUUGCCAACUUGUCUCACUUGAACCCACUGGAGGCCUUUUCACUUGGUCUGGGGUCAGGAGCCAAGGCAGAACAUGGAGAAGACUUGAUAGAGCUCUUAUCAACCUCCCAAUCAUAGCUCAUUUUGAUGAUAUCACUCUUAAACACCUUGCCAGGUUCAACUGUGACCAUAAGCCCCUCCUUGUUCAAUGCAUCCAAAAGGAUUACUCUGGACCUAAACCUUUUAGGUUUCUGGAUUGCUGGACUUUUCAUGACUCAUUUCAAACCUUUGUCAAAGAUACUUGGGAUGGUUUUCCUACCACAGGAGGGAUGAGAGGCAUGGCUAACAAACUCCAGGCUAUGAAAAAGGCUCUCAAAACUUGGAAUAAGUUAGUCUUUGGUAACACUCAUAGCAACCUUAUAGCAGCUGAGGAAGCAGCGUCCCAAUCCCAGGCAGAUUUUGAGCUCAACCCCACAGAGCAGAACAGGGAAGCUAUGCAGCAGGCCAACGCAAAAUUUAUCCUAGCCACCAACCUAGAGGUCCAAUAUUGGAAACAAAAAGCCAAUAUCAAAUGGAUGGAUAAAGGGGACUCCAACUCCAAACUUUUUCAAGCCUUUGUCAAAGGUAAGAGAAAGAAGCUUACCAUUUCUCAUAUUAUUGGCUCCAAUGGAAAAGGUUACUACAACCUUGAUGAUAUCAAAAAAGAAGCAGUGUCAUACUUUACUAACACAUUCAAGAAAACCCAUCAUCCUUCAGUUGAUCCCAUUCUUCCCCUCAUCCCCCUUGUUCUCUCCCAAGAAGACAACUCCUCCUUCAGCUCCUUACCAACCUUGGAAGAGGUUAAACAAGCUGUUUGGGACCUGGAUGAUACCAGUGUUGGAGGUCCCGAUGGUUUUAAUGGAAAAUUCUUUAAAACCACAUGGGACACCAUAAAAUUGGAUGUACUGAGUGCCUCACAGGAGUUCUUUUUAGGUGUCCCUAUUCCAAAGGCCUAUGGUAGCACCCUUUUGACCCUCAUUCCGAAAACUGAAAACUCCAAGAAGUUUGACAACUUCAGGCCCAUCUCUCUUUCAACUUUCAUGAGCAAGAUCAACACCAAGCUCCUGGCCAAUAGAUUAAGCAUCUUCCUUCCCAAACUUUUGUCCCCAGAACAGGCAGCAUUCCAAAAAGGCAAAUCCAUUGAUGAUCAUGUGCUUAUGGCAGAGGAGGCUAUUCAUCUUUUAGACAAGAAAGUAUUUGGGAGUAACCUCAUUCUCAAAAUUGACAUGGCAAAAGCUUUUGACAGGUUGGACUGGGAUUAUCUUGAGAAAAUCCUGGCUGCUUUUGGUUUCAACUCUCACUCAAUC